UCUCACUCUUGUCACACCAAGCGGCGAAGUGGAGCUGAUGCAUCUAUCGCUUAAAAAGAGAAAUGAGGAACCCUUCAUCCUGUCUUCAUCCAUCGAGUUAUUACCGAAAUGACAGAACAUCAUUACCAACAAUUCCGAAAGGAUGGCAUCAUUGAAGAAGUUUGUGUCAGAAUUGCUUCUACCUUUGCAAUCAAUGGUAGUCCGUCAUUCUGUGUGGGUUUGCAAGACAUUGGAGACGUGUUUCCAGAUGCACAGCGAUUCAAGUUGGAUGGACUUCCUGUUCCGUUCCUUACAGAUCCUUAUGGCAACAGAAUCGAACCUCCAUGCAUUUCAUUCUAUCCUCACAGGAUCUUGGAUGUCAUCACUAAAGCCCCGCAAUCCAGCAACGAAAGCACCAUCAAUUAUUUGCCUACAUCAAGCAACUCGGCACAUCUGGCCUCUCAGGUCCCUCUUUUGCCAUCACCAAACUUGAUUCAAUCACUCAACCCGCUUCAUACUAUUCACAGCAGCGCACAAUUCGAGGCGAUCAUCUCUAAGCUUGAAAAGAUUGCAGGGUUGCUGUUAGAGGCCAAAGAGAAGGACAACAAGAUGAGUGAUAUAUUGCUGCAAGCAAAAGAGAAGGAUGACAGGUUGAUUGCUCUGCUGCUGGAAGCUAAAGAGAAGGACAGUGAAAUAACUAAACUGCAGAAUAUGCUUAUGCCGGAAUUGAAUACUAAGGAGGAAGAUGUCAAUAAGGGGCAUCAGGCACCCAAAAGUCUUGCUAUCCUUCAAAAACAUGCCCACACUAUCCUCUCCCAGCAACUUGAGCUUCACGAAUGCCCAAUUCCUCGACUGUUUAUCCUUUUGCCUGUCGACAACACCAAGUGGGAUCCACUGAAUGUCGUAAGGAACAAGUUUCGUCUUCAUUUUCUCUGUGAAUGUGGAGACCACAGUGCAAUGACAAGCAAGAGUAGCCAGAGUCCGAUCCAUAUUACCAAGCAUGACGGGUAUGAAGUCCGAGAUAGCACAGAGUUCUUUCGCAAGUACGGGAAAUACAUGUUUAUCCUCUUACAGUGGCUCAAGUUUGGAGUGCACUCGUCUGCUUCUCUGGAAUCAGUCCCAUAUUUGAUCAAUCCUGGUAUCGAUCGCUCGAUCGACUAUAUGCAGUCACUCUCUAGGCAGGACCCAGCCUUGAGCAACAUCACUGCAAUCGAUGAUUAUGAAGGACUUGUAGGAGCUGAAUUCCGCCGGCUGAGCACAUUUCUUCGAAGUAAAGACGAAGACAAAAAAUUUGGCAACUUGAGCAGGAUUGCGACCGAAGCAGGUCAUGUCAAAUGGGUUUGUCUCGACCACUAUAUUGCGACAUACAGGGGAAAAGGACAGAAAGCAUUUGAAAGCGCAGUAAGGAUGAAUGGUGGCAAAUAUGAUUUGCACCUUGGGAAAGCGGUUAUCACAUUGAAAUCCAGAGACAGAGUUGAAAGGUUCUUAGACGCCUUAACCAACGCAAGACGUGUUUACGAGUUGGAUAUUACAUUUGACUGGGACUGGACGGAGACUGACCUUGAAGCAUUUGAGAGUGCUCUAACUCUGUCAAGUGUAUUGAUUCUUCGACUUGGACUUGGACGAGCUCCAGGAAGCGUCAGUAGGAAAGCGUUUUUAACAUCUACACAACAUGAAGCACUUGUUCGCAUCAUGGAACUCAGCAAUAUCAAAACAAUUCAUAUUGUCCUCCCCUUAGAAUUCAUAACACUCCUCAGUUUACAGCUCAAGCCAGCGCAUCUUCAUAAGCUAUCCUUCAAGAUGAAUGCUCAAUCGAUUGGAGCUAGUGAACUACUAGUUCUUGUAAAUACCCUCAAGGCUAACGCAGCAUUGACUAUUCUGGACUUGAAGAGCAGCUCCAUUGGGAAGGAAGGAGCCUUAGCGCUGUCGGAGGCACUCAAGACUAAUACGACAUUGAUUACUUUGGGCUUGAGGGGUAACUCGAUUGGGGAUGAGGGAGCUUUGGCUCUGUCGGGGUCGCUCAAAGUUAAUACAACUUUGACUACUUUGGGCCUGGAUAACAACUUUAUUGGGGAGGAAGGAGUUUUGUCACUGUCAGAAGCGCUCAAGGUUAACACAGCUUUGUCCGUUUUGGAAUUGAGGGCCAAUUCAGUUGGAAAAAAAGGAGCUCUAGGGCUGUCAGAGGCGCUCAAGGCUAACACGACGUUGACCACUUUAGACUUAUGGUGCAACUCAGUGGGGAAGGAAGGGGCUCUAGUACUGUCAGAGGCACUCAAAACCAAUACUACUCUGUCGAUUUUAGACUUGGGAAUCAACUCAAUUGGGGAUGAAGGAGCUCGAGCACUGUCAGAAGUACUCAAGGCUAACACGACUUUGGCUACAUUGAGAUUGGGGAGCAACUCAAUUGGAGACGCAGGAGCUCUGUCGCUCUCAGAGGCACUUAAGGCUAACACGACUUUGGCAACACUGAGGUUGGGGUGCAACUCGAUUGGGAAGGAGGGAGCCAUAAGUCUUUCAGAGGUACUUAAGAUUAACAAAAAUUUGGCUACUUUAGACUUGAGGGACAACGCAAUUGGUAAAGAAGGUGCUUUGGCGCUGUCAGAGGUGCUGAAGGUUAAUACAACAUUGACAGCUUUAGAUCUGGAAGAAAACUCAGUUGGGAAGGAAGGGACUUUAGCACUGUCAGAGGCACUCAAGGUUAAUGUAGCUUUGACCAUUUUGGACUUAGGGGUCAACUCGUUUGGGGCUGAGGAAGCUGUGGCACUAUCAGAAGCGCUCAAGGCAAACAUGAAAUUGACGACUUUGAGCCUGAUGAGUAACUCAAUUGGGGAGGAAGGAGCUCGAGCACUGUCAGAAGCACUCAAAGCUAACACAGCUUUGACCAGUUUGAACCUGGCAAGUAACUCAAUUGGGGAUGGAGGGGCUUUGGCGCUGUCAGGAGCACUCAAGACUAACACAACUUUAACCACUUUGAACUUGGAGGCCAAUUUAGUUGGGGAUGAAGGAGCCCUGUCGCUGUCAGAGUCACUCAAAGUUAAUACGAGUUUGAGCACUCUGCGACUGGGGAGAAACUCAUUCGGAAAGGAAGGAGCUCUAGCGCUCUUAGAAGCAUGCAGGGCUAACGCGGCACUGACUGUCUAUAAAUGAAGGAGUCUCUAUUGCUGAG